AUGCCGGAUGGCGGGGACGUUGGUUACACGAUGACGGAAUUGCAGCCGUCGCCGCCAGGGUAUCGAGUCCAGGAUGAGGCCCCGGGCCCACCUUCCUGUCCACCGGGCUCCUACAAGUACGCGAGUCACGGCCACGGCAGCGAGACUGCCAAUUUCAAGAGUACCUCGUCGUAUCCUCAGGAAAGCUAUGGCCUUAAGCAGAGUCCGUCUCGGACAGUGCCUUCCAACGAGUACUACCGGCGCAGAAACGACGGCAGGAGGUCCACGGAAAGCGAGCACGAGGCUAGCAACGCAGCGAAGAAGGCCACGGUUGCCGGUUACAACGAAAGUUACAAAAAGAAUACUGCGGGCUACAAGAACGACAGCGGAUACAGCGAGAGCCUCGGAUUCGACAGUUACACGCUUCCUCUCAAUGAAAGAGACGAGGCGUCGCCACCGCCAACGCCGCCAGUCAGAGACGCGUCCAGCCUCAAAGGCGUCUGCUAUGGACCCGGCCACGAGAAGUAUCCUUCGUGGCCAAGCGCGCCGGAGAGGCACACUGACGAGGACGUUCACAGUUCAGGGCACAGCGGAUCCCAUCGUUCGAAAUCCUGGACCGAUCAUACCAAUUACCCGAAGGAGAAGCCUGCCCAGUACACCAGACCGCACACGAAGAGGCCCAAUCCUACGUUCACGCAGCAGUUGAAAACGGUGAUGGAACGUUGCGAGAAGAUCCCGGCGGAGACUUUCGAGUCGCGGAGCAGAACCACCGUGGAAGAGGAGCCGAGAUUGUGGCCUCGCGUGGACCGCGAGGGCAAAGCUCUGGGCGACGCGGAGUACGUGGUGCCGUCGCCUCCUGAACGCGAGCAACAAAUCGCUCAGACCCUCAGCCAUGUCGAUUUGGAAGCCUACGUUAGGAGCUAUCAAGAUCCUCAGGUGUCCCAGGUGGACAUUUACAGAGAGGCAACCCUGACGCAAGCGGGUCUUGAAGAGUACACGAGGGUGCAACAUUCUCAGCAAGCUAGCUACGCACAAUCCGAAGGUUAUCACAGUUACGUUUCCAGCGUUGACUCGACGACGAACACUCCGUUCCUCGACAGGUACUUGAUAAUUAAAUCGUUCGUUUGUCGUGACAUUCACGCUCGGAUCGAUCGAUCCAGGUUGAGAAGAGACAGCGAGGCAGUAGCGCAGAGGCCAACAUCCACCUGGGAGGACACGUCCAGAGAAGGAAGAGACAGCGUGGUGACGACGUCCAGCGGAAGCGCCUCGAGCAGCGAAACUCUGAAAUGGCACGGGUCAAUGUCGGACGUGAGCGUGUCCAGUGGUUUGCCGGCUCGACAAGGCGCAUCGGAUCGCUGGCACCACGGAUCGAUGUCGGACGUGAGCAGCAUGAACGGUGGAAUUUUGCCUCAGAAGCCUAACAACGGUUGCCACGACAAGUGGCAAGGAUCUAUGAGCGACGUCAGCACCACUGGUCUGUCCCCGACGACCAAGGGCAGACACAGCGAGAAAUGGCCGGACAAGUGGCAAGUUUCGAUGAACGAUCGCAACAAGCAGAGCCAGGGCAGAUCAAGCUUGCCGGCUGUGAUCAAUCAUUGCAACGCGUCGACCAACGUGGUGGACGUUUCGUCGAGCGUUCGAGAGAGCAAGUGGCAAGAGUCGAACAUCGACGAGGAAUCGCUGGUGGAUAAGUCUCAGUCGGACAGAUCUCAGUGGGACAAUUCCGUGAGGAUCGAGGGUGACAAGUACGGUUCGUUGGCUCAACCGAUGCCACAGAGUCCCAUGCGUCAGCACGUCGGUGCCACGACUCCUCAGAGUCCCGAAAAUUGGAAUCCUAUCCAUGGAUCGAUGUCGGACGUUAGCCAGGCUAACGGACAUCCGUGUAGUAAACAGUUGAUCGCCCACAGUGCCAGAGUUCAGACUCCGCAGAGGCAUCAUUCGGAAAGUGUAUUGUACUUGGAUCGUGAACGAAACCAACGCAAGCUGUAUCCUGUUAGCACUACUCAGCCUCAGGAAUCUACGCAAUCCUCAAGAAUGGCGCCAGCGUUGUCUCAACAGCCACAGAUAUCAGUGGCGGAACGCAUAAACGAGCUAGAGAAGCAACAGCAACAACAACAGAUGCGUUAUACUUAUUUGGACCCGGAAAAGCGCCACAGAGUUUCUGACCCAACGUUAAAAGCCAUACAGAAGAAAGCUCUACUUUCCUUCUACGAGAGACAUCACCAGGCAUCCUGGAGAUCGGAACCGCAACUGGCUCAAGGAACAGCGCCAGCGCCUCAGAGUCCUCCGCCUCAACCACCACCUCGCCCUAGACCGCCUUCCUCGAGGCGAGCAAGUUCCGCCUCCGAUUACGCCAGUGGCACCUGGCGGGAAAAUGGGAAUAGGAAUCAGAACCAGGGUAACGGCGAACUAUCGAGUCCGAAGCAUCAGCACAGCAACAGCUGCGGUAGUCUUUCCACGGAUUUGCUAGGCCCUGUGAUAGUUGGGCCAGCUAUAUCGAUCGACGACUGGGUGCCAGAGAGACCACCGAAGAAGCCACACCUGAGAAACGUUUACAACGAUCGCGUGCCCAGUCCCGAUUUACCCCCGCCGUCUCCUCCAACAGUGACCGAGAACGAAGUUCACGAUUGCGACGAUCCGUUGCCGCCUCCUCCGCCCGAGCUCAGCGAGGACUGUUUCGCCGAGAGUCAGCGCAAGCCUGGCAAUGCUCACCACCACCAAUCUGAGGAGACAAAGAUUCGCGACAGAUCUUGCGACAGACACAAGUUCGAGAGACACUCGGUGAGAAGGUCGAAGCACGGUUCCAAGAGAGAUCACGAGAAAUCUGGAAAGGCCUCUCCGAAUUCGCCGGCGAAAACGCCGGUGUCCCAAGAGCAGGAACAACGUCAGUUCGUCAGGGCUGCCGUAGCAUUGAAGCACGUCGAUUCCGAGAUGGUGUUGGAGAACGGUGUCUCCGCUGGAUUCGCCACGCACAGAAUGGUGGCCACCGGUCGGUCCAGUUUGCGGUACCCGUCGACGCAGAAGUUGAUGAUGAAUGGCAGAGUAACGCCAGCCAGGAGAAUAUCGGAGGAGCGGCCUUUCUCCGGCAGGCCCCCGGCUCAAUUACCUGAUCUCAUCUCGCAGCGAUACAGCGACUCUGGCAACCAGAGACCUGCCCCUCAGGUACCCGUGGAACCGAGAAUCAUUCGGCAAGAAUCGAUGCGAGUGGACGGCACGCGAAUCGACGUUUCCGGCUUGCUCAGGAACGACUCUGCCCAGAGAUUGGAAUCCUCGUCUGGUCAGAGGCCUCAGCCACAGGUGCCCAAAAACGUUGACAAAAGUGGCUCGAGUGGCAAUCAGUCGAAUCAAGCAACGAGGCCGAACUAUCUGCCCGUUCCCGAGAGUUCCAAAUGCGCGUCCAAGUAUCUGGAAAGUGGAAGCGUCGGUUUUACGAUCGGUAGUCCAGUGAAAACGGGCUACGAGGCCAAUUCCAAGAUGUUCCCGUCCGAGUCGAGUCCUCAGAAGUAUCACGAGCCGCCGAAAUACGUGCCCAAUCAUCAUCAACGUCACGGAGACGUGACACAGAGGAACUACUACGCUCUGCCAGCCAAAUACAUGGACACCCCGAAACAGAAGCCUCAACCUCAGUGUCCCACGGAUAGAUACGGCGGCAGUGGAUCGCCUAGUUCACCUCCUCCGCCUCUGGCGCCACGACAGAACACUCCGGGCAGAAAAUCGUUGCCACCUCCGCCGCGGCCGGCUCCUCCACACGCGCUACAAGGCCAGAAAAUUUGCAAACCAGCUUUAAGUAUUCGCGCUGUAAAGAAAGUAGCCCGUACGAGCGUUGAGCAAGAAUUACCGACGGAUUAUCAACCUACGAAGCCAGACGAGAUCCCUUGA